AUGUUCAAUUUCGACAUCUCUUCCAUCUCGGACAACAUCUCCAGGUUCUGUUACGUCACUACUGUAUUCCUUAACACCCUUCUGAUCUAUUUGACUAUGAAUCACACUAAACAAAUAGUUGGAACUUAUAGAAACAUGAUUAUAAUUUUUGCCAGCUUUGGUAUGUGGUUCGCCACAACAAAUAUUUUACUUUUCCAUUCUUACAAUCGUUGCUUGGUAUAUUUCACCUUGGGCUCAGCAUUUCGAAAUAAGACUUCUGCUGAAUAUGAACUCUUGCUGUAUUCCACAAUGUAUGGUGUUAUUAUAAGCUUCCUAGCUGUUCAAUUCAUCUAUCGAGCAUGUGUGCUAUCAAAACCAAAAUGGACGAAAAAGUUUGAUGGUUGGAAAAUAUUAAUUUGGAUUCUCUACGUAUUCAUUAUGGGUGUUGUCUGGUCGACCGGAGUUGAUAUCGCACAGCCGGAUGAAGAAAUUUACCAGUACACGGAAAGGGAAAUUCUAGUAAAUUAUGGAGUUCAUGUCCACAAUAUACCAAUGUUUUCCAUACUGGCAUAUGUAAAAAAGUGUUUUCUUGGUAAGAAAGAAUAUGUUAAGUGUUUCAGAACGCUGAUGGUUUCCUCCGGUGGAACGCUUUUGCUCAUAGUCCAAUACACGAUUUGUCUGGUUUGUGGGAUAAUAAUGUAUCGUAGAAUGCAAGGGAGCAUGUCAUCGUUUUCCUGUCAGCAUGAGAAGCUUCAAAAGCAAUUUUUCGUAGCUCUGAUGUAUCAGGUAUUUCAAGAAGGUUGCCUCGUAUUCUUCCAUCUUCCAUCACUAUUCAUCUUCAUUUUACCAUUUUUCGAUACGAAAAUCAGUUUUCAUUCCACCGUACUCAUUUAUAGCUUCAAUGUGUAUCCACUGGUGGACUUGUUGAUUCUGUUGAAAGUGGUUUCUGAGUACAAAAUUGCUUUGAAAAGUUUGCUUAUUAGAUUUGAUAGAUGUGAAAGGAAAAUGUUCAGAGUUUCGCGAUAUGAUAGCUGGAGAAUGGGCAAUGAUAUUCCGGAACGGUGGCAUCCCAGAACCCUCGAUGUCUGUUGUCAAUGCGAGGAUGUAAACUUGAUGAUUUUCUAA